GCCCAACCCAUGUGGCUGUCGGGAUGGUCUCAGAAAGAUGCAUCUGUGUGUGGGCAUUACUUGAACUGAGUGCUUGCUCCACUUUACGACUCGCAGCCAUGACCGCACUCUCCACGUCGUCGUACUCACUCAUGGAGCCGCUCGUGAUGAAGAAGCGCAAGCUCGAGUACAUCACGCCUCCGUUGAUGCACCCGCCGUCAGUCGUGGCACUCCACAGUCCCACCGCGUCCGACGACUUCGACUUUGAAGCGCACCCGCUGUACCACAGCCUGUCGCACAUCAAGACGAAGCGGGUCAAGGAGCUCGAGUUCUAUAAACGACACAUCUACGACCUGCAAGGCCAGAUCGAGACCCUCAAGCGAUGCCAGACGUCGCUGCUGCCGUGGGAAGACAUCGCGCAGGCCCUGAAAGAUGACACACUCGACAAGGUGCGAGACAACCGAUCGCUCAAGAAGGAGGUCGAGCACAACCACCGCAUGUACGGGUUCCUGAAGCGAUGGAUCGCGUCCAUCAACAGUCCCCGUUCGUCCGUCCCCCAUGCGUUCCAGGACUCAUGGCGCCAGUCCACGCUCUUCGCCGGCGACGACGCGUCCCGCCAUGUCGGCAUCACGUGGGUCAUCCGCCAUAUGCACCGAAAUGCUGAUCGCGCACUGGCUCACUUGGUUUAUCCGGAUGAAGACGACGAAUAUGUGGAUGUUGAAGUGGUCGAGGUGCAUGAAGGCGUGCUGGAGACCCGCGUGAUGCACCAGUUCACGGUCCAAUAUGGGUUGGAAGACGUGUCCCAAGCAUGCUACGUGGCGGAGAAGACGUUCGCGCAGUUCUACCUCCAGCGAGACUUUGACGACAACUACACGGCGCUCGUGAACGAAGGUCAGGACAUCGAGUACGCCCGCGAAGAAGUGGGUCCGGCCAACCAGAGCAUCGCCGACUACCUCAUCCAAGGUCGCUUCCACGAAGACAACCGCACCAUGCUGUGCCUAAAGACCGUCAUGGACGAAGCCCAUCCGCUGGACGACACCACGUGGACCGUGAACACCAAGCAGUGGCUCGUGGCAGACCGCACGGGACCCUCGACCACCCGCGUCCGAACGUACUACACGAUCGAACAUCCCAGUACCCAGACGGGGUUUGUCCCGGUAGAAGAGGUCGCCAACGUGUUCAACGUGGACUCGGACAGCGUCGCCACGGCCGUGGACCGCCUCAAGGACAGACAAGUGGCGACACACACCGACCAGCGCAAGAUGUACGCGGUGCAUCUCAUGAACGUGCUCGAGAACUUCACCAGCACCCCGUCGUCACCGUCGAAUAUCAUCAAGCCGGAAACAACCGGAUAGGAAAACCAUUAUUAAUCUCACAUGCCCUGUAAACUAUCACUU